UCGGAAACGCUGUACGUGCUGUUUCCUUAAAAUUAGCUGCCUAGCAAAACAUAUCCUGUGUUCUUACAUAAAAGUUUACUUCGGAGCUCAAAAGAAAAACACAUUUAGUUUCCAGUCUGAGGGUUUCCAGGUGAUAUGUCGCGACAUUCGUGAGUCAGCUCCGUCUUUUACAUUUUCACAUCACUUUAAUUGGGGAGAAGCACUGCAGGAAAUUAGCUCGCUAGCUUCCUGACAACCGAGGAGGAUUAUGAGGUUCAUGCUUCCGUUUUUAUGCUCAUUUUAAAUCAUCCUGUGGAAAUGGACACCGAGCCGAUAGUAAUCCGUAUAAAGACUCCUUUAGGGGACAUGGACUCGUCUGUGGACUAUCCAUCUGUGUUGAACUUCAACGACUUGCUGGUCGCAAUCAGAGACGUGAUGCCUGAAGCCACUGUCACGGCGUUUGAAUACGAAGAUGAGGUGGGAGACAGAAUUACUGUAAGAAGUGAUGAAGAACUCAAAGCUAUGUUGUCGUAUUACUGCAACACAAUGAAUGAACAGCGCAUGAAUGGACUGCUGCCAGACCCUCUACAGAUUUUUCCAAGAGCCGGCAAGACUCCAGGGAUCCGGAACAUACAUGGCCUGAAGGUUAACACGAGGCCCAGCCCAGCCAACGACUGCACUCAGGUUGUCCCAGACUCCUUAGCCAACAACAGUUUGAAGAAGUCAUCUGCAGAGUUGAAGACGAUCUUGACAAACGGGCAGAUAAAUGCCCAGGAUCUCCACUAUCAGGAGCAACUUGGCCAUGGAAACGGAGGCACGGUUUAUAAAGCGUACCAUGUUCUUAGCAAGCGUGUUUUAGCUGUCAAGGUUAUUCCUCUGGAUAUUACAGUGGAGUUACAGAAGCAAAUCAUGUCAGAACUGGAAAUUCUCUACAAGUGCGAUUCGUCCUACAUCAUCACUUUCUUCAGUGCCUUCUUUGUGGAGAACAGGAUUUCCAUAUGCACAGAAUUUAUGGAUGGUGGAUCUUUGGACGUCUACAAAAGAAUACCGGAGCACGUUCUGGGAAGGAUCGCUGUGGCAGUUGUAAAAGGCCUGACAUAUUUGUGGAGCCUGAAGAUACUUCACAGAGAUGUCAAGCCUUCCAAUAUGCUGGUGAACACCCGAGGACAAGUCAAGCUGUGUGACUUUGGUGUCAGCACGCAGCUGGUAAAUUCUAUAGCAAAAACCUACGUGGGAACCAACGCAUACAUGGCACCUGAAAGGAUAUCAGGAGAGCAGUAUGGGAUCCAUGCUGAUGUCUGGAGUGUGGGCAUCUCUUUCAUGGAGUUGGCUCUUGGCAUGUUCCCGUACCCUCAAAUGCUGGCACAGCUGUUUGUUCAAACCCCCUCUCCCCGCUAUACUUCAAAGAAAACAUUUCAGCACAGACCAAGGAAGUUGGUUAAGAUCGCGAGUGAAUCUGUGACACGAAUUUCAGCCUUAAAGUUGCCAAGGAUACUGGAAGAGUUACGUUUGGCUUGGAGGCAUUCGUAAAUUGCACUCCCAAAGAAAGCCAAUAUUGUGUUUGGGAUGUGUCAUUCAUACUGUAAAAUUCUGAGGAUGUCUGCUUGUUUUCUCUUUGCUUUUAUUUGCAGCUUUUUGUUCAGCUGGCACUCAUUCAUCCUUUUGUGUGUGUGCAUGUAUACAUGCAGAGUGGAGUCAUCACCUCAUGUUUGCUAUGAUUAGAGAUGGUCUCUUUAAUUCCACUUCACCACAUGUUGGGAUUCAUUUGCGUUCUUUGUCAGGAGUUAAUGGAGUUUUGCGCGGCUCGCUCUGAAAGUCUUUGAAGACACCAGACCUGAUGAUGUGAUGUGUAUACAGCCGCCAGCACUAUUGCUUCUGAUUGAUUUGUUGUCGUUUUGGUUUGCUCUAUUGUUUUGUUUCGCUUCAUUUUUGUCAUAUUUCUCAUAUUUGAAUAGAUUCCCGGAUGAAAUAUCAUUCUGAGUUUUUUUGUUUUUUUGUGUGUGUUUUUUUUUUUAAGAUACUUCAUUACACAUCACUGCAUCUAUCAAAGACAGACACUUUCCCUCCGUUACUUUUUUCCCCUCAACAUAAAUAGAAAGAUUAUAGUUUCUAAUUCUUCUUUUUACUCACUGGGUAGUUGUAAACAAAGUUCUGUGUGUUUGUUAGCACCCUACGUGAUUACAGAUACUGACAAUAAUAUUACCCUUUUUCAAAGAGUUAAUAUUGGGGUUUAACUUGCACAAGCGAAAGCGCAGACAGUUAUGUAAAGAAAUCCAAACUUUUUCAUUGUAUUCAUUAUUUAUCAUUAAAACAUGUUUUACGUUCUGUCAUGGUGGAACCACAAACAUCUGCAUUUUUUAAUUGUACUGUAAGUGAUGGAACAACAGUAUUACAUAACUGUUAAAGUGUAAGGAAAAUAUAUGUUCUUUCCAAAUUAAAGAUUGGACACAUAGCAUCUAUGAAAAUUAGUUUGGGACUAUAGCCAGACAUUCUAAGUUAGAUUUAGAUCUGACUUUGUGUGGACUAUUCGACCUCAUGAAUAUGUCUCCUAAAUAUCCUAUUACUUACCUCUGACUUUAAGUUUGAUUGAAGGUGAAUCACCAUCUCAGGACUAAUCGCAUUAAAUGAUGGUGACAUGUUGCACAUGGUCUGUUCAGGGUGAAAUGCAGUGUUUUUUCUACACUAACAAGUAAUGCGGUCUAAUUUUGUUGUCAUCCGACCAGACUUCCUUCUUCUUGGUUUGUUCCAACGGUACUUCUUCUUAUUUUUUACUUGAGCGAGGAUAGAUUGGAGGAGGGCAUUACUAAUUAUCAUCUUCUCUAUAGUUUCUCUCACAUAAACUGUGGAUCGCUGCAGUUUCCUUUCUCUUUCUAUUAUGCACUACUUUUUUGUCUAUAAUUUUAACCUCCUUAAAUACAUGAAAGUAUGUGGUAAAAUGAAAAGUUUGAGGUGUAUUGGUUUCAUGGUAAUGAAAGUUGUAGUUCAGGGUUGCACAUCUAAUGUUUAUGCAAUAGCUACCUUGUUAUUGUCUCUCUUGUUAUGAUCUCAUUACAUUGUCAAAACAUGCACAUUUUUAAAUAUGAUUAAAACAUAUAUAUAGAUAUGUAUAUAAGUAUUUAGGAAAGGAACUCGCAAUCUGAUAUAUUUCAUGAAGUUAUAUUGAGCAGGCGGAAAAAAAAAGUUAUGCAUUUGAAUAUUGAUUUUGUGACUUCUGGUUUCACGCUGAGCUCUCUGCGAUAUUUCCAAGAAAGCGAAAAGCAAAACUUCAUAAGCUCAGCAGAGAUGGAAAAGCUGAUGUUUUCCACAGAGGCAUUCAUCAUGUUGUGUCACAAACACACACAUACACAGAAGUAAAUACAUCCUCAUACACGGUGCCGUCUUCUUGGAUGUGACAUUAUAGAGAAGACAGCCAGAAGAUCUCUUCUUUUUUUUUCCCAGUUUGAUUAUCAUAUCAGGCAUUGUUUACCCUCAGGAUGAACAUUCACCUAAUGACUUAUAUAAACACACAAACAUAUUGAAUUCUUCUUUUUGAAAUGUAGCCACGCUGCUAUGUAGAAGUACAAUAGGUCCUCAAUUAUGUUUUAAAUAAGUUAGCCUCCCUCUAUCCAAUUUCAAGCCCUGGAGCAGAUCGCAGUUCUGUUUUAGUAAUUAUUUCAGAACAAAUUAGUUUUCCAUAGUUGCUUUUAAUGUGUCUGAAUCAGGCAAAACUGGAUAUAGAGGCAGUUUAGGAGUCUCUUGGUAUUUACAGAGUGCGAAAACCUGUAUUUAAUUGAGUGAAUCAAUAAGUGCUCUAAUGCACUGUCAAAAGACGUGGAGAAAUGAACAAUCUGUUCAGCUGAGCCCAGGUUUUAAGCCUUGUAUCAUUUAUUCUGAGUGAUGAAUGUAUAAAUUUAAGGUUUUUAGAAAUGAAAACAAGUUGUUGUAGUGAAUUCAUCCCUGGAGGGGUUUUGAAUGGGAAGACUUAAUGCUUUGCUUAGCUCCACUGCCGUUUCAUGCAUUUUAAGUUAAAAUGGCAUGUCUACAUUUUUCAAAUCAAAAGCCUCUUUUCUACUUCAUAC